CCCUGAGCCAUCUCAAGACGCUCAGAUAACAAACUGGAACAAAUGUAUCAUUUGCCAAACAGACACUGACGAGAAUUUGCAAUGUCCAGCAGAAUCAAGGCGUACUGAUCAAGGAGCCGGGUACAUUACUUUCUCAGAGAACCUAGCCCGUUUUCAUGAACUAGAUAGUAUUCCAGUGACACUAGAUAUUCGACGACUUGAUGAGGGCAAAGGUGUUAGGACUACCCUUGAAGAACGACAUGCAAAGUGGCACAAGUCUUGUCGUAUCAAGUUCAACACAACCAAGCUACAACGAGCUGAGAAAAGAGAAUGCCCAGAUCCUGAAAAACCUCAUCUAAGUUCACCCGGACGAGUAAUGAAGAGGGGCGACAAAAAGGAAAGAGAGAUCUAUGCUUUUUCUGUGACGAGCCAGCUUCAGCAUCAAAUACACUUCACAGAGCAUCAACCUUUCGCUUAGAUGCACGUGUUCGUAAGUGCUCAUUAAUUCUUCAAGAUGAGAGACUUAUUGCCAAGCUUAGUGCAGGAGAUAUGGUUGCGCAAGAUGUAUUGUACCAUGCUCGUUGCUUGGCUGCACUGUACAAGAAAGCUUCCACUGCUGAACACGCUGAAGACAAGGAGGGAGAAGAUGAAACUGUUAAGAUCAAUCACGGACUUGUCCUAGCUGAGCUUAUUUCAUAUAUUGAGGAAAGCAAGACAGAUGAAGCUGUCUCACCAGUGUUCAAGUUAGCAGAUCUUUCUAAACUUUAUUCCUCGAGACUGCAAGAGCUAGGUGUCGCACAGAGCAGCCGUGUGAACUCGACACAUCUAAAAAACAGAAUCCUUGCCAAUUUUCCAGAUCUUAAAGCCUACAAAGAGGGGCGAGAUAUCCUGCUAGCCUUCGACGAAGAUAUAGGCAGUGCUCUCACCAAGGUAUGUGAGAAAGAAUAUGAUGAUGAAGCAAUAACUCUUGCAAAAGCAGCACAAAUUGUCCGUCGGUACAUGCUAGAGAAGAACGCUUCAUUCACAGGUUCAUUUGACAGCGAAUGCCAGACACAGUCUGUGCCACAGACACUGUUGGCUUUAGUAGCCAUGAUCCACGAGGGUCCAAGCAUCAAGUCCCAGUCAGGCUCCUCUGGUAAUGUCUUCAGUCAAGCAACCCUCAGCGUGGCACAGCUGCUUCAGUACAACAGCUCUGUUCGUCGUGGAAGUGAAAGCAGUGGAGUCCGUCACAACAAGGCACGAGAAACACCACUGGCCAUCUAUGUUGGUGCAACAAUCCAUGAGAAAACACGCAAGCGACAACUUGUGGACAAAAUGUUCAAACUUGGGCUGUCCAUUUCAUAUGAUCGUGUUAUGGAAAUAUCCACAGGACAAGGAAACCGUGCCUGUAAACAGUACGAACAAGAGAAAACUGUCUGCCCUCGCAAUCUUCGUCUAGGGUUGAACACCAAAGGAGCCAUUGACAACAUUGACCACAAUCCAAGCUCUACUACAGCCAUGGAUUCCUUUCAUGGAACUGGAAUAUCCUUGUUCCAGCAGGUCACAGAAAGCAAUCCAGGCACAGUUCGCCCUGAUUUCUGCCCACUGGAAGUGUCAACUUCCAAGAAGGUAUCAGAACUGCCAGACUGCUACACUAGUGUACCUCCAGUGAUGUACAAAAGGAAGGAGAGGCUGACUGUUCCCAAGAUUGAAGGUUCACUCACUAGGGAUGGCCAACUGGUGGAACAAGCACUGCUGAAAGAGACUAGAUGGCUGGAGUCUGUGGACGGCACAAACCUGGUAGACGUUUCUGGAGACAGCAAUGUGUCAUGGGCUGCCUAUCAUGCUAGUCAUCAACAAGAACAAGGUAUCACUCCAGAUAUAAGUGUCCUUCUUCCUCUUUUCCAAGAGCAGUCAAAGUCCACUGCAAUGAUGCGCCAUUCAAUGGAUGUGAUCCAGCAGGCUGUAGAGCACGUUAACCCGGGACAAGUUCCAGUCAUUACAGUUGACCAGCCACUCUUUGCCAUCUGCAAAGAAAUACAGUGGACAUGGCCUGAGAAGUAUGGAGAAGCCAAGUUUGUCAUGGUGCUGGGUGGUCUCCACACAGAGAUGGCGACAAUGAAGGUUUUGGGAGAUUGGUUAGAGGAUAGUGGAUGGGUAGAGGCCCUUGUACAGGCAAAGGUUGCCUCUCCAGGCACCGCAGACUCCUUCUUAAAGGCAGCCCACGUUACCCGUACUCGUCAUGUUCACCAGGUGACAGCCUGUUGCCUGCAUAUCCUCAUGAAGAAGGCCUAUCUCCAGUAUGCUGAAAUGAAACCAGACCCUGAUGAUGUGAAGACAUUUGAACAGUGGUGUGAUGAGAGGAGUACUGAGAGUGUCCAGUUCUACUUCUGGUGUACGACCCUGCGGCUUGAGCUCCUUCUGAUGACCUAUGUCAGAUCACUGCGAGAGUCUGACUUUGAUCUCUAUGUUGAGAUCUUGAGCAAGCUGAUUCCAUGGUUCUUUGCCCUAGAUCAUGUGAACUAUGCUCGAUGGGCAUCUGUUCAUGUGCGAGACAUGAUCAGUCUGGAACACAUGCAUCCAGAAGUUGUUGAGGAUUUUCGCAAUGGAGGAUUCACUGUUCGUAAGAGCCAGCGCCCAUUCUCUGCAAUGGCCAUUGAUCAGGCACAUGAGCAGAAUAAUGCAACCCUGAAAGAAGAUGGUGGUGCUGUGGGCCUAACACAAAACCCUGAAGCAUUCAGAAGAUGGUCUGUUGCAGGUCCUGAGAUGGCAAGGAUGAUUGCUGAAUUUGAGUCUUCAGUGGAGGCUAUGGAGAGCAAGCAGAGCAAAGAGAUGAGGCACCUUGAACAGACUGCAAGCAUUCAGAAGACGUUUGUCACACAGGUGUGUUCCCUGGUUGAGGUCAUAACUGACAUGGGGAAUCCAUUCAUCGAGGAGAGCCAGGAGUUGAUAUGUCUUGACACCCAUGACAUCAUGGAUGAAGAAGCUGCCAAGUCCGUUCGUCAGGCUGAAGAACUUGGAGUACAGCAGUAUCAGUCCUUUGUUGAAGAGCGCCUCGUGAAUGGCAGCAAGCCUCUCAGUGACAGGAUCACGAAGAACAAACUCCAACUGUUCGGACAACCUCCAGCAAGAGGCAAGUCCCAGUCCACGUCCAAGUUACAGUCUCUUAAGAGUGACUGCUCACUAUUUUCGCGACUGUACAUUGCGUGUCAAUCACGAGACGGUGAUCUAAAUGAAUUCUUCAGACACGAAAAUCAGAGGUGCCCACCGUCUCUGUCUCAGGAUGGCAAGUUACGCCAGGGCAAGAAGUCAGAUCUUCUUGACUGCCUCACUAGCAGUGUUGAGUGUAGCAUUGAUGCUCCCGAUUCUGAUGCGAUCAUCCUCGAUGGUGCUGCGCUUGUGAACAUGCUGAAGCCAGUUGUUUGCACAACAUUCAAUGACUAUGCAGACAAAGUCUUCUUGCCUUACAUUGAAAAGCAGCUGGAGCGAGCAGACAGGGUGGAUAUAGUGUGGGACCAGUACCUUGAGAACAGCUUGAAGUCUGAAACCAGAAAGCGCCGCGGAAAGGGGAUCAGACGCCGGGUUCAAGGAACAACAACUUACCUGGCAACUGGCAGCAGUUUCUGA